AUGGAACUGAACCAGGAGCAACUGGUGCAUGAGCUUGAACGCAAGCACAUGGCAACUUCGGAAGCUCUUCUUGCGUCCAACGCCCGCAGUGAGGCACUGGAGGCGGAAGUGCGGACGUUGAAAGCUGAGGCCGAUGCUCACGUGAAGCAACUACAAGACGCCAAAUCCAACGAGCACCAAUUGUCGAAUGAGCUCGCUCAGAUCACGCAGGAAAAAGCACGACUUGACGCCCAACUUCACAGUGUCUUGAGCUUGUCCGACCAACGUCUUGAAGAACUCCGUGCCGAGCGCGAACGAGCCGCAGAUCAAGCGAAGCAACUCGUGGAGUUGCAAACAAGCGAGACCCGCGCUUUGCAGGCUCAAGCGCAGCUCGAAGCUAAGCUUCUUCCUUUGCAACUGGAAGUCACACGCUUGCAUAAGGACCGCGAACACGACAAGGUUCAUGUCGAGGAACUGCAAAAUCGCCUUGUGGAGAAAAGCAGAGCGUUGACCGAAUUCCGGCUCCAGCACAACAAAAAGCUAGCAGAAGUCGAGCAUCAAAACGCUGACCUGGCCGAACAGGUCGAGGAGCUGAAGAAAAUGCUCCGACGUGUGACGGCGGAGAAUGCGUCCCUCAAGGAGGAUGUGCGGGUUGCGCGCGAAAACGCGAUGGAACUCCAUACCGAACACUCGCGAGCGUUAGGCCACCUUGAAAAGGAGUUGUCGGCGCAGCAUCGUCUGACCGACUUGUACAAGGACGCUGUGAGCGAUGCGAACAUCCAAGUGGAGGCGCUCCAAGCCAAGUGCGACACUCUGCAAACGGCUCUGCAUGAAGCGGAAGACGCUUUGGCAGAGGAAAGCCAAAAAGUCCGUGAAGAAACUCAGGCCGCGACGAUGGACGUGUUUACGGAACAGACCCGCGUCUUUGAGUCCAAGAUCGACGAGUUGGAGAUUGAGCUUCGCAAAUCCGUCGCGCGAGUCGCCGAGCUCGAAGCCACGCAGUCGGCCGCCGCGACGCAAGUGGCGACGAUUUCGGAGUUUUCCCCGACUGCGGGCGAGCUCCAUUUGGCGUCGCAUGGGUUGAGUCCCACGGACAUGUACAAUCGCAUUGUCGAGUUGGAGAAGCAAGUGCAGGACGAGCGCACGACGAAGGAGACGCUGGAAAAGUACUUGGAGCGCAUUCUGAACGAAGUCACGUCCAAGGCACCGUACUUAGACCGCCUCAAGAAAGAGAACCAGCGCGCGCUCGCCGCCCACGAUCAGCUCAGCGAGCGGCUUGAUGUGUGCAUGGCUGAUUUGUCCCGCGCGCGGGAGACGUUGCGUGCGGCGCAGUCCGAAAAGAGAAAGGUCGAAGUCGAGCGAGACACGCUGCAGCAGUCCGUUGCCGACUUGUCUAAGCAGAUUCAGCAGCUCCUGUUUCAGUCGUUGCAGUCGUCUAGCCCAGUCGUCGAUGCAUCCGAGAGCCUCGUCGUCUUCCGCAGCGUGGAGGAGCUGCAGACGCGCAACCAGCAGCUGCUGCGCAUCGUCCGCGAACUGUCCGAGGCAAAGGGUGACCACAAAUCGAGCUCGAGCGCCGUGGUUGUCACGAUCGAACCAGACGACACGUGCACAUCGGCGCAGUGGGAAAAGGUGCAGGAAGAACUUACGACACUCCGCGCAGAACGCGAACGCGAGCAGGAAAUGGUCGCGGCCAUCGUCAAGCAGCGAGACAUGUAUCGUGUGCUGCUGUCCCAGGCAGAUACGCGAUUUGUCGACGCGGAACGACUCCAACAGCAGCAGCCGUCGUCGCCGCGGCCGUCGACAUCCUUGGCGCUCAUCGCGACCGAGUCGUACGAGUCGCGCAUGUUGCGAGAACUGCGUUUGGAAUUUGACGAUUACAAGAAGGAGAAGCAAGCGGUCGUGACCGAGUUGCGCGACACCGUCGACGGCCUUCGCGUCGAGUGCUCCAAGGCCAAGAUGAGCGGCAUGGAAGCCAAGGUCCAUGUCAAGUCGCUCGAGGAUAAGAUUGCGCUCAUUGAAAGCCGCAAGGCGGAUGUGGACAAGGAACUCCAUCAUUUCCGGUCCAAGUACGACCAAAGCAAUGCACUGCUAAUCCAAACGCAGAAGCAGGCUGCGGACUUGUCUGCCAAAUUGGACGCACGGGUUGCCGAGGUCCAGUCGCUCCACGGCGAGCUGCAAAAGACCAAGACAGAGCUCGCAUUCAUGACCACACAGGAAGAGCGCCACCGCGUCGAACUGGCGACCAUGCGAUCCGAACAGACGUCCCAACUCAAGCUCAUGGAGGCGGUGCACCGCAUUGAGGCGCACCAGACGGAUCGCCAGGCCCAAGAAGUCGCCCGCUUGACGACGGUUGCGACCGCACUAGAAAUUAAAUUGGCCGACAAACAGCGAGCCUUGGACGACGCACAAAGCUUGGCCAGUGCAAAAAUCGCCGAACUGACGUUAGAAACCAAAUCGAUUCGAAAGAUGCUCGACGCGGAAAAAGUCGCACAUGCCAGUGUCCGAGAAGUGAAGGCUGGCUUGGACGAAAAAGCCAAGGCGUUGACGAACCAGAUCAAAGCCCUCAGCGAAGAGGUCGCCGUGUUAAAGGUCCAGUUGAAGAAGGGCGCGGGGGUCGCCGCCGCCGAGCGGGUUUCGUCGCUUGAGACGCAACUCCACGACGCCAAGCAGGAAUUGCACGCAGCGCUGACGGCCAAGCAGACGGCCGAGCAGCACGCCGAGCAAUACAAGGUCAUUUCCGAAGCGAACGAGAAAUCGUUUGCCGUGUUGUCGGCGUCAAGUGAGAAGCUCAAGGCCGAGCACGACGCGGCCACCAAGGCCAUUGCAGACGAACUCGCGACGGCUAAGCACGAAUUGGCCGAGUUGCAGAAGAAGAUGCUGAACAACAUUGCAGAAGAAAACAAACUGCGCGAGGAAAUGGAUUCGUGGGACCAGACCAAGCGCGAAGAGCUCCGCAAGUCGAACGAUCGCGUGGUUGUGGCCGAAAGCCAACUCGCUUCGUGCAAGCAGGAACUCAACACUGUCAAGGACAGCUUGGCGGGGUUGGAGGCCGACUUGGCCACUGCCCAAGAUAACUACAGCCGCGAGUUGCAGGCGCAUGCCACCGCCGAGCAACAACUAAACGACCUCCGCAAACAAAUGGACGCUGCAACCAAGGCGAUCAAGGCCGCGGAAGGCCAACGCGACGAGCUCCAACGCGUGUUGAAUGGCAUUGAAGGCCAACACACCAAAACGACUGACGCGCUCAAGGACGCGCUCGCCGACGCGCAAUCGUCCGUGGAGUCGCUGACCGAGCAAAACAAGCUCCUGCACUCGCAGCUAGACGUGUUGACACAAGAUUUUAACCGCCUCCAAGAAGCAGCGACUUUGAAGGCGUUCCACGACCGUGAAGCCGUUCCCGAAACGGAGCACGACAAGCAGGUGCGCGAACUCCGCGCAAUCAUCUCGAGCUUGCGCCGAGAUUUGGAAAUUGCCCAGUCCAAGAGCGACGUGGCCAAGCAGGAAGUGCUUCGCCACCAAGGGCACAUCAAGACGCUGGAAAAGUCGUUGGACCGCGUCAAGGCCGAGUACGAAGUGUCCAAGCUGGAACAGGCGAAAAUGCUGACGGCGACAGAACAAAACAAGCGAUCGGCGCAGCUCGACACGCUGAGCUUGUUGCGUGAGAGCAACGCGAUGCUCCGCGACGAGAACGACAAAAACUUGAAGAAGUGCAAGGACAAAGACGCCAUCAUCGAAAGCCUGGAAGCGCAGAUCCAACCGCUCCAAACUGCCGAGGGUGUGCUCAAGUCGCAGAUUCAAGCAUUGAAGGAAGAUGUCGAGAGCUUAACCCAAGCCAACAAGCGAUGGAAGGACCGCGUGAACCAGCUCGUUGAAAAGUACCAGCAGAUUGACCCUGCCGAGCACGAACAAGUCUGCACGGAGCGGAACCAACUGAAAGCCCGCGUCGACGAGCUCGUGGCGGCGACGCAAGCCGUGUCGACAGAAGACAAGAAGCGCAUCGAGGAGCUCGUGACAGAGAAGAAGCAUGCCGAAGAACGACUGGCGCGCAUGCGGCUGUUUGUCAAGGAUUGGCAGCAGCAGGCAAAGGCUGCAAAGGAACGCGUGGCCGAGUUGGAAGCGAGCAAGUCCGAGUCGGAAUCCAAGGAGUCGAGCGUUCGCGAGUCGGAGAAAGCGUUGGAGAGCAAGGUAAAGGCACUCGACGACCAAGUCAAGGCGCUGGACCAAAAGGCCAAACUUGGCGAAGAAAAGCGCCAGUUGGCCGAGGCGGAACUCAAGGCCAAGCUCGACUCGGAAAGCAAGAAGAAUGGCGCAUUGAAAGACAUGAACACCAAGUUGCUCCAACGAUGCAACGCCUUUCGCCAGGAAAUCGCCGAGCUCAAGGCCAGCCGCGUGGAAUCGUCAGAACAACCCACAACGGUGCAACCUCCACUUUCGACGUCGGAACCCGCCGUCAAGGAGGAAAUUGUUGUCGAGGCAGAGCAACCUGUGGCUGUGACUGCGCCAGCGGCGACUCGACCUCCUGUGGUGGUGGAAUCUGCGGUGGAAGCUAUUGCAAUUGCCACUCCACUUCCUCCCCUUCCCCCUACGGAUGCUCCGUCUUCCCAAACGCAACCUGCACCUGUGGUCGCGCAGACUGUGUGCCCCCCGCUGCCGACGGAAGAACCGAAAGCGCCACCCGCCGCCGACGACCCGGAAAAGAUUCGCGAAAUGGCGUUGCGCACGUUGUUGUUAAAGUCGAAGAAAAUUCCAAAGGACCCAACUUCGGCUGCUCCAACGGGACCUCCAGCCACCGUGGCAACCACCGAAGCCUCGGAUAACAUGUCGGCUGAACAAACGCCUACGACAGUCCCUGCUGUACCUGCGCCGAGCAGCGCACCCCCGACUGCCCCAACUGUAUUUGGUGCCGUCGGAACCUUUGGGGCCCCAUCAACACUAAACGCAACCGCUCCCGCCUUCACCUCUGGCUUUGGAGCUUUUGCCGCGUCGAAAGGGUUGUCGUUCCUUGGAAUGUCCAAGCCGAAGGAGAAGGCUGAGGAACCUGCCGCCCCUCCAGUCUCUGUCACCCCCAAAUCGUCCAAUCCGUUCUUGAACUUGGCCCCUCCGUCGGCGUCGGGAAGCGCCCCGCCCACGCUGACCUUUGGCAAGAGCAACAUCACCCUUCCCGUGCCGACCCUCACGGCCGACGCGAGCCAGCAAGCCCCUCUGCUUGGUGUGGACCGAGAGGCCGAAGAACAGAAACGCGUUGAGCGGGCCCUGCGAUUCAACGCGGCCGAAAAGACCAACAAGCGUCCAGCGCCUGGUGCGACCGACGGCACGGCGCCACCCCCGGCGAAGAAAGCCAACACGGACGCCGUGGACGAUGAAGAGAAGACGGAUCCGCCGGCGAGCGGCGCCGACGACCCGCCUUCGUCGUCCCAAGACUAA